AUGUCGGUGUUGGGAGUUGACAACAUCAUCUGGACCAAGCUGUCGCAUGUUGGUCAGGGUGGACAUGAAUCAAUCGUGUAUAUGUUGAUCUGGGGAUCAUUGCAUAAGCUACUUAACCUCGGGACCCUGUGUCGACCCCUCUCAACGCAUUGUCACAAAACUAUGGCAGUCUUUCUAGCAGACGAUAAACUUCCUGAGUUGAGGGACCGACUUCAACACAAGCCAAGAUAUUUAAAGAUAUACAAUGAGGUGAUAACAAAGUUGGACUCGGUGGUCACAGGGUUUCAUUUUAUUGUGGACAAAUGGCCGGACUUCAAGGCAGUUAUUACAAAGCCUGAUCCUGAGACUGUGGAGUUUGAGUUCCUUAACAACAUCUACAAUGUGGCUGCAGAGGAUGAGACGGCCUUAUCAGAUCUGCUGGAACAGCAAGGAGUCAUCGACUGGAAUAAGGGGAUUGUUUUUGCAUGUGUGGACUCCACAUUUUCUAAAGUUAUAAAUGAAGCUAUAAAAUGUCAUGGAGGAAGCAGUGAUCCAUCAGAGCCCUGUUACGUGCAGUGUGUUACUCAAGAAAGCCUGAAUGUCAAGCCUGUCCCAGAUGGCUUCAAGCUUUUACCAUUAACCCAAGGUGACUCCAAGUUUGUUAACUCCCAGUGGAAAUUUACAGUGGAAAUGAAUCUCUUGCAUACAUUGACAAGCUCAUUACGUGUUUACCUUCCUGCUGUCUGUAUGACCAAAAUGGCACCAUUGUUGGAUUUGCAAUGUCCUAUCAUUAUGGGGCCCUCGGAAUGCUACAUGUGGUGGAGGAGCAUCGGGGGAAGGGAUACGCCAAGGUCAUCAUGUCAUAUCUGGCACAGAAGAGACUUCAGACUGGCAAGGAAGCAUUUGUUGUGA